AUGUCAGGGGCUAACGAGGCGGAGACAAUCCGGAUUCUCAUAUCUACCGAUAAUCAUGUUGGUUAUAAUGAGCGAGACCCCAUCCGGGGCGAUGACAGCUGGAAGACCUUCCAUGAAGUCAUGUGUCUUGCCAAAGAGAAAGACGUGGACAUGGUGCUGUUAGCGGGCGAUUUGUUUCACGAGAACAAACCAUCUAGGAAAUCCAUGUACCAAGUGAUGCGAUCAAUUCGGAUGAACUGCUUUGGGGAUAAGCCCUGUGAGCUGGAGAUGCUUAGUGAUGCUAGCGAGACCUUUCAAGGUGCGUUCAACCAUGUCAAUUAUGAGGAUUUAGACAUGAACGUUGCCAUCCCCAUCUUCUCCAUCCAUGGCAACCAUGAUGAUCCAUCGGGAGAAGGUCAUCUAGCUGCUCUCGAUCUGCUACAAGUUUCUGGUCUGCUUAAUUACUACGGACGAACCCCGGAAUCAGACAAUAUCGAAAUAAAGCCCGUCCUCCUCCAAAAAGGACGGACUAAGCUUGCAUUGUAUGGAAUGAGCAACGUUCGCGAUGAGCGUUUAUUUCGUACUUUUAGGGACGGCAAGGUCAAAUUCUUUCAGCCAUCUGUUCAAAAGGACGAUUGGUUCAAUUUGAUGUCUGUCCAUCAGAACCAUCAUGCUUAUACAGAGACCGGCUAUCUCCCCGAAAACUUUCUGCCGACCUUUAUGGACAUGGUCAUUUGGGGGCAUGAGCAUGAGUGCCUCAUCAAUCCUCGGCUUAAUCCAGACAUGAAUUUCCAUGUCAUGCAGCCCGGCUCUUCUGUUGCCACCUCGUUGGUACCUGGAGAAGCCGUGCCGAAACAGAUAUCUUUAAUGAGCAUCACGGGUCGAGAUUUCAAAUGCGAGCCCAUUCGCUUAAAAUCCGUGCGGCCAUUCGUUAUGAGAGAAAUUGCGCUAUCGGAAGAGAAAAGGGCGCAUAAGCUAGCUCGCAAAGAAAACAACCGAACGGAGCUGACGCGAUUCUUGAUGGAGAUUGUGGAAGAAUUGAUCGAAGAAGCCAAAACCGAAUGGCUGGAUGUGAAUGGGGAAACUGACGGAGAAAGAGAAGACUCUGAGAUGCCGCUCCCACUCGUCCGACUUAGGGUUGAAAUAUCCACUCCUGAAGGUGGCAGCUAUGAUUGUGAGAACCCGCAGAGGUUUUCAAAUCGAUUUGUGGGAAAGGUUGCCAAUGUCAACGAUGUAGUGCAAUUCCACCGCAAGAAGAAAACCGCACAAUCGUCAAGGAGAGGGGAUGUGACCGAUGAAACCACUGCUGUAUCACACUUGUCGGCCCUAGAUACCGUGAAAGUGGAACAACUCGUCAAAGAGUUUCUCGCAUCGCAGUCGCUCAGUAUUCUUCCUCAGAACACGUUUGGUGAUGCUGUGGCCCAGUUUAUCGACAAAGAUGACAAACAUGCCAUGGAGAUGUUCGUGAAUGAGUCUCUUGAAAGUCAAGUCAAACAUCUUAUGGCUUUAGAUCGUGAUGAGGACAUGGAAGAGGAUGAGGCCCCUCAAAGUUCCUUGGUUACUGCCAUGGAGAAGUAUCGUACCCAAAUGGAAGAACUGUUCGCCAAGGGGGCCAAGAGACGUACCAGGGGCAAGAAGCGAUUUAAACCCAAGCCAGACGGUUGGGACAGUGAAUUUGACGGCAUAUGGGAGGAUCAGCCAGGUGCCCUCAUCCACUCAGACAAUGAAGGGGGUGACCCGGCCGAAGAAGAAGCAGGAGAGGAUGGUUCAGUUCCAGCUACAAGUCGCACAGCAACCAUAACAUCUCGUGGGCGCGGGAAAGGCCGUGGUCGAGGAGCUGCUGCCUCUUCCAGAGCCGGUGCCAAAGCUGCUGCUCCAUCAGCCAAAGGGAAGAAGACCAAAGGUCCAUUUGAGGAAGACUCGGCCGACGAUCUUACCAUGUUGGAUGUUGAUAACGAAGAAGCCGCCCAUGUCAUUUCAGAUGAUGAUGAUGAUGAUGAUGACGACUCGCAGGCUCUGUUUGUCAAGCAGCCCCGCGCAGCUUCCACGCGAGGACGUGGGCGAGGAGCAAGGGCUACUACUAGAGGGCGUGGUGGGCGCACUGCAGCCUCGCCAGCUCCAUCUUCGCAUACAGUUACUGAAACUGCUAGUCGCCGAACUGCUCGGUCUGCGAAACCAACGCAAACAACUCUUGGUUUCGCGAGCUCGCAGGCUAGUAUUCCCCGUUCUUCUCGAUCUACGCGCACAACACGCAAAAUAACUAUCAGUGAUGAUGAUGAUGACGAUUCCGACUCUGCUUUUGAGCCUGCGUGA